AUGGCACGUCAAUUAGGAGCUUCAUCCUUUGGUGCUAACAGUAAUGGUCUCGACGGAGAAAUACCCACAACAAAUGAAAAGAGCUUCCCAUGUAAAUUUUGCAAGCAAAAGUUCUCUACCUCACAAGCUUUGGGAGGACACCAAAACGCACAUAAAAAAGAGCGUUCUCUAGAAAAAUUUCGUCAACAACUUGAUGCUAGUUGUUUUGGGCUUUCACACUUUCCUUCUUAUUCUUCUUAUCCAACUCUCCAUGAAGGUUUAUACAGGUCAUUUAGGGAUGACUCCUUAAAUCUCAGACCUUCUAAUCCUUUGAUGACCUCAACUGGAUUUCGGUACGAUCAACGCUCACCAUAUUUUAAUGCGAUCAGAAAUAUAAGAAGUCAUCAUGCAAUUCCAAGUACUGCAAGGUCAGAGAAUUAUCGUAAUGAAACACUUGCACUUUUCCCAAAUGUCACCACCAAUGUAGCAAGCCAAGUUGUGAACACGGAAAGCACUCCAAGGUCAAGGAAUGGUGUUGAAACUCUUGCACUUUUCUCAAAUGUUCCCACCAAUGUAGCAAGUCAAGCUCCAAUACCAAUGAGAAGGAAUCCUUCAGUGCCGGAAGAAAAUUUUGAAGUGCCAGCUGAUAUUGAUUUGUCACUUAGGCUUGGUUUUAGAUCAUGA